AAGAAAAAGACAUUAAAAUCAAAUUUAAAACAGUUUGUUUCUUUUAAGUUAUGUGCAGACAACAUUGAUCUAACUGUUUAAUUUCAAAGCCUUUUUUCGUUGAUAUUAAGGAAUUUUUGCACAGUAAUGAAUAUGCUAAAACAUCCCACUCGUAGAAAAUAAUCAGCACUGAAUAUUGAUCAAAUCCCUAUCAAUGAUAAGUGGAUUAUGUGUUCAAUCAAUGUUGUACGUAAACAAAGCCAACAGUGGAGGGACAGAUAACGCAUCCUGCCUAACCAAAGUGAUGUCUUCAAAGUGAAUGGACAAGCAGCUGGCCCGCUUUUCUCAACAUUAACAUUAUAAGCGGACAAUAUGGAGGAGUCGUGGGAUUUUGAGUUUCUGUCCCGCAUCGCUGACAGCUGUCUGUCGUUUAUUUCUGAGUUUGUGGACGAUUGGCUCGCCAACGACAUGAGGGUCUCCAUAUUCAAAAUCCUGCUCAGCUGGCUGAUAUUUAGUCUAAUCGUGAUUCACUUUGCAUGGAAAGUCUACGGGAACACAGUGAACGACAUGUAUUACCGACAAGGUGGGUGUACUUCUAAAAACAGGAGAAGAAGAAGCAGGCUAGAAGUCUUAAAAAUGAACCGAUUGGAACACCAGCGUCCAUAAAUUUCUAAAAGCCGUAUAUAUUAUGCAUGACUGCAGUAACCUAAAGCGCAGCU